AUGUUCAAUGCGCUGAACCGCUUCAUGUCCCGCUUGGACGGGCAGCAACCAACCCAGCAGAACAACCAACAGGGCUCCUUCGGCUUCCAGGUUUUGAGGAACACGAACCUCGAGCUGAACGUGGAGCCUUGGUUUGACUUUAUCAUUGGAAUCAACGGCCGUCCGAUUGACAACCCCGACCCCCGCCUCUUCGCCCAGGAAGUCCGCAACUGCGCCGGCGGCACCGUCCUCCUCGGCCUCUGGUCCGCAAAGGGCCAGCGCACGCGCGAGCUCCACGCCCCCGUCCCGCACGACACCGCCUCCCUCGGCCUCUCCCUGCAGUUCACCCCGCUCUCCGUCGCCGCCAACAUCUGGCACGUCCUCGACGUCGCCGCAAACUCCCCCGCCGAUGCCGCCGGCCUGCUGCCCUACGGCGACUACAUCCUCGGCAGCCCCGAGGGCGCCCUGCACGGCGAGGGCGGCCUCAGCGAGCUCGUCGAGGACCACAUCGGCCGCCCCCUGCGCCUGUACGUCUACAACAACGAGUACGACGUCACGCGUGAGGUCACGAUCCAGCCGAGCCGCGAGUGGGGCGGCGAGGGCGCGCUCGGGUGUGUGCUGGGGUACGGCGCCCUGCACCGCUUGCCGCCGCCGCUGAACGAGCCCGUGAGCGCCCCCGGGGAGAUGAUGUUCGACGGGGAGAAGGAUCCUAGCGGCGGCGCGGCGUACGGUGCGGACGCGGGGCAGGCCUUGUUCACUCCGGCUGUCGCUGGUCUCGGGGGGCCUCCGCCGGCUGAUCCUGCGGCGGGAGGAGAGUUUCUCGUGCCGGCGCAGAUGGUUGACGCGGGCAGCGCGCCGCCGCCUCCGCCUGCGGGCACGGCGACGACGAGGAAAAAGAAGGACAGGCACCACGGGGGCAACGCGAUGAUGGACGAUUACUUCAAGGAGCAGGAGAAGAAGAGCAGGGAGCUCGACGGGGUUUCGAGCGGUGGACGUGGGACGCCUGUCGCGCCGCCUCCGAAGACGGGGGGACCGCCGCCGGGGCCGCCUAGGGCCGGGACGGCGUCGCCGCCAAAGGAGAAGGAGGAGGGCGGUGAGGAGUGA